AUGGUUACAGGAACCAAAUUGAGCAAAGUGGGAAAUGGGACUAGUGUGGAUCCUACAUCCUUCAAACAGCUAGUUGGGAGCUUAAGAUACUUGACAGCAACCAGACCAGACCUUAUCUACUUAGUCAACAUGGUCAGCCGGUUUAUGGAGAGUCCAGGAGAACCGCAUUUGGCAGCUGCUAAACGUAACCUAAGGUAUGUUAAGGGAACAAGUGAUUUUGGGAUUCAGUAUAGAAGAAGUAGAAACGCUGGUUUGGUAAGAUAUGUCGAUAGCAAUUACGCAGAAGAUGAAGAUUAUAGGAAGAGUACAACUGGCUAUGCAUUUAUGCUUAGAGGUGGUGCGGUUUCUUGGGAUUCAAAGAAGCAGCCAAUUGUUACUAUGUCAACUAUAGAAGCUGAGUAUGUAGAUGCAGUAUAUGGAGCAUGA